CAGUUGUAUAAGAGGUCUUGAGAUCAAAUCCUGUAUGGUUACCGUUGAAUAAAAGGUCUUGAGACUCUUGUCGCAGGAGGUUGGGAUUAAUUUGUGAGUUUAGAAAAAGAAGAAAUGGCAGAAGCUGUUUUGUUUAAUGUUACUGAUGAAAUCCUGGGAAAACUUGGGAAACUGGCUCUCCAAGAAAUCGACAUGAUACGGAGUGCAAAGGAAGAGAUUGAAAGGCUGAAGAACACUGUUUCUACAAUAAAAGCUGUAGUUUUAGAUGCUGAGGAGCAGCAGGCAAAGAGCCAUGAAGUUAGAGACUGGCUUGGAAAGCUUAAAGCUGCGAUUUACGACGCCGAUGAUUUGUUGGAUGAUUUCUCAACUGAAGUCCUGAGAAGGAGAAUGAUUCUGCAGCAAGAAAGGAAGAUGAAAGAGGUAAGGGUUUUGUUUUCAAAGCUUAAACGUGUUGCUUAUGGUCUUAAAAUGGGUCAUAAAAUAAGGGAGAUUAGGGAGAGAUUAGAUGAUAUAGCUGCUGACAAGAUCAAGUAUCAUUUCAUAGAUCGUCCAAUUGAGAAUAUGCAGGUUGAGAAAAUGGAAAGAGAGCAAACUCACUCUUUUGUGCGUGUAGAAGAAGUUAUUGGUAGAGAUGAGGAUAGAAAUUUGAUUGUGGGAUUGUUAUUGGAUUCCAAUGUUAGGGAGAAUGUUUCAGUCGUUCCGAUAGUCGGAAUUGGGGGACUAGGGAAGACAACGCUCGCUCAAGUUGUGUACAACGAUGAGAGGAUUAAAAAGCAUUUCGAGAUAAGAAUGUGGGUGUGUGUUUCUAAUGUUUUUGAUGUGAAAAUCAUUGUGCAGAAGAUUUUGGAGUCUGCAACUCAUGCUAAGUAUGAUAAUCUUGAGAUGGAAUGCUUGCAGGCUGACCUUAGGAAGGAAAUUGAUAGGAGAAAAUAUUUACUUGUUUUAGAUGACGUAUGGAAUGAAGAUCGCGACAAAUGGCUGAAAUUACGGGAACUAUUAAUGAGUGGUUCGCCGGGAAGUAAGAUAAUUCUGACCACGCGCACUCAAUUGGUUGCAGACGUUACAGGAACAAUUGCAAAAAGUUAUGAUCUUAAAGGUCUGCCCAGUGAUGAAUCUUGGUGUUUGUUUAAGAAAAUGGCAUUUAAACAAGGGCAAGAGCGAGAGAAUUCGAAGCUAGUCACGAUUGGGAAGGAGAUUGUAACAAAAUGUGCAGGGGUUCCCCUUGCCAUAAGGUCUAUAGGAAGCCUUUUGUAUUCCAAAGAUACAGAAUCUGAGUGGCUCUACUUCAAGAACAAUGUACUUUCAGAGACAAGUCAAGAUAAAAAUGAUAUGCUAUCAAUACUGAAGCUCAGUUUUGAUCAACUUCCUUCGUAUUUGAAGCAGUGUUUUGCUUAUUGUUCAUUGUUUCCAAAAGAUCAUGAAAUCGAUAAGCAGACACUGGUGAAUCUCUGGAUGGCACAAGGGUUUAUUCAGUCAUCAAACAGAACGCAAAAUCUCGAGGAAAUCGGCGAUCAGUAUUUAAUGGAGUUACUAAGGCGGUCGUUCUUUCAGGAUGUGGAGUAUGAUCAAUGGGGCAAUGUCAUAAGCUUUAAAAUGCACGACCUUAUGCAUGACCUUGCGCAAUCAGUUGCCGGGAGUGAGAGUUCCUUGGUGGAUUUGGAUGCAAGAAAUGUAUCCGAAAGGAUUCGGCAUGUAUCAUUCGAUGCUGUAGUAGAUUCAUCUUGGAAAAUUCCGAAUUCGUUGCUCGAAGCACACAGAUUACGAACAUUUCUUCUGCCUGUGCAGCCGGUUUCUUACACAAUACUGAAGAAAGCCACUCAUGAUGAAAUCAUCUCGAGUUUUAAGUACUUGCGGGCGCUAGAUAUGCAUAACACUGGAGUUGACCAAGUGCCAAUUGGCAUUGGUAAGUUAAAGCAUUUGAGGUAUCUUGAUCUCUCGAAGAAUAUAGGUAUUAUGAGACUCCCCAGUUCCAUCACCAGGCUGCAGAAUUUGCAAACUUUGAAACUCAUGUCCUGCAAAAUGCUGGAGAAACUGCCAAGAGAUAUGAGAAAAAUGACCAGUCUUCGGCAUCUUGAGCUCGAUCAAUGUAUUGGUUUGACACAAAUGCCAUCUGGACUGGGGCAACUGACUGCCCUGAAUACAUUAUCAAGAUUUGUGGUCGGCAAGGCUAGUUCCUCCUCUUCGAGUAGCGGGAGCCUGAGGGAAUUAAAGUACCUAAACAAUCUUAGAGGAGAGCUGGCAAUAACCAAACUGGAAAACUUGAAAAAUGCUGCAUCAGAAUCCAGAGAAGCAAACUUGAAGAGCAAGCAACACUUACAGGUCUUGAGAUUGGAAUGGACACGAGAAGUUAACGAUCAUAAGAUCAUCGAAGAAGACGAAAAGUUGUUGGAAAUCCUCCAACCACAUCCACAACUUAAAGAGUUUCACAUUUAUGGUUAUAGGGCUGGAAGGUUUCCGAAUUGGAUCAUUUCUGACUUGUCAUUGUUGCUUCCAAAUCUUCUUGAGAUCAACAUAUGGAGAUGUUACAGGUGCCUAGAGCUCCCGUUGUUUAGUCAACUUUCAAAGCUCAAGGUUCUCAAACUUGAAGAGGUAACUGCUGUGGAGUACAUAGAAACCGGAGAUCCUCACAUGCGGGAAAAAAAAGAACCAGCAACAUUCUUCCCAUCCCUAAAAGAACUUAGGCUCUUUGACUUGCGAAAUUUGAAGGGAUGGUGGAAAGAAGCAGUAGAUGAGGCUAGUCUGCCGUCAUUUCCUUGUCUUUCAAAAUUAGUGGUCGGUCACUGCCCUGAGUUCGCAUACCUGCCAUUGCAUCCAAUUCUGGAAGAACUUGAGCUCAAGGACACAAGUGAAAAAUUAAUACAGAAGCUGAUGAUGAUUGCAGCGGAAACAGAAGAAAGCUCAACAACUGCAACAAACAUUUCGUUCUCUUCUUCUCGCUCACCUCUUGCUAAACUGAAACAUUUAUCCAUUGAUAGUGUCAUGGAUUUAGUUUCAUUGCCACUGAAGGGACUGCAAAGCCUUACUUUUCUUGAGUAUCUGUCUGUAUCAAAUUGUCCUAAACUAUUAUGUUUACCUGGAGAAGCAUUGAGGGGAUUAACUUCUCUCCGCUUUCUUUCGAUCAGUGGUUGUGCAAAACUAAUGUCACUGUCUAAAGGGUUGAAACAUCUUGCCGCCCUUGAAGAACUUGAAAUCAAAGAAUGCAGAGAGCUUGACUUGUCAAAUGGAGAUGAAGAUGGCAUGCAAUUGCAAGGCCUAAAGUGUCUUUGCACGUUGAAAAUCGGUGAUAUGCCAAAACUAGUAUCUCUCCCAGAUGGUCUUCAACAAGCUACAUCUCUGAAAAACUUAUGGAUUAGAAGUUGUCCUGGUUUAAAGAGUUUACCAGAUUGGAUUGGCAACCUCACGCUUCUUCGGAGGCUUGAAAUUUCAGACUGUCUAGGAUUGACAUCUUUGCCUCAAUCAAUGUGCUACCUCAAAGCAUUACAAAGCCUGGAAAUAUCUAAAUGUCCACUGUCAUUCGCAGCCAAUCAAAAGGAAACAAGCGCGAAUUGGCCUCAACUUGCUCACAUCCCUGAUAUUCAGAUUGAUACAGAAAAAUCUGAGAAGAGAAACGGGAAAUACUGCUUCGAAGAAGCAGACAAUUGAGCAAUAGGUCCUGAUUUAAACAAUGUGGUCAUAAAAGUUUCACAAAGAUCACUAACAACCAAGGAAAUGAAGCUAGAAAUCUGGAUACCUCUCUCCGGUAACUAGCAAUCUGUGUUUAGAAGCCAGCUAAUGUUAAUUAAUGCAGAGUAUGUAUAUAUAUAUCUCCCUGAAUAAUUUGUAACUUGCUUUGACUAAGUACCGGUCUGGUCUCUAAACAGAAUUACAACAUUCAUUUAGCAACCGGCUGGCUAGCAAUUCGCGAUUCGUGUAUAUAUUUUUCUUGUAAUAAAAUCAAAGUAUUAAUUUAUAAAUU